UCCUUAACACAUGGCUGAAUUAGCGAACGUAAACCGGUAGCUCGUGGUUCAUGUAGAAUUGCUGACGUUUUGAGAAUUCAGAGUUCAAGGAAACAAUGCGCGUUGGUUAGAAAUCCGUUGAUGCAAAAUAACAUCAACUAAUUCGCUUUGACGGAGAUAUCGCGAUUAUUGACAGAUAGGAAAGCAAUAAUAAUGCAUACUGUUUUAACGCGUGGAAAUGCUAUUUUAGCAUACACGUUAAGCGUGUCAGCUUGCCUUACAUUUUGCUGUUUUCUUUCUACAGUAUUUAUCGAUUACAGAGCAAACGCGACGUUAAAUACAGUUAAAGUUGUUGUAAAGAACGUGCCAGAUUAUAGUGCAUCAAGAGAAAAGAAUGAUCUGGGUUACUUAACUUUUGAUUUACAAACUGAUCUUACUCCAUUAUUUAAUUGGAAUGUUAAACAAUUAUUUCUAUAUCUCACAGCAGAAUAUCAGACAGAAAAUAAUGAGUUUAAUCAGGUAGUAUUAUGGGACAAAAUAGUACUUCGUGGAGACAAUGCUGUAUUAGAUUUCAAGAAUAUGAAUACAAAAUAUUACUUCUGGGAUGAUGGCAAGGGUCUUAGGGGAAAUAAGAAUGUCACAUUAACAUUAUCUUGGAACAUUAUACCAAAUGCUGGACUGUUACCUAGUGUUAAUGCUCUUGGUUCUCAUACUUUUGCAUUCCCAUCUGAAUAUACAACAUUGCGUGUAUAAUGUUAUAUUUAGAUGCACAUGUAUGAUUUUGAUUGCUUGUAUAUGAUCUUGUUUUUUAUUUUAAGCUGUGUAAAAUCUGUAUACAAUAAACGUGAUGUUAUUUCUUCACUGA